AUGGCGGAAGCACAAGCGGCGGCUCCUCCAGCGGAUGUUCCACCUCCAGAUUCACCGUAUUACCUAAGCUCAGGUGAUCAAAUGAAUCUCGUUCUUGUAUCCGAUCGUCUCACUGACGCUUUGGAUUACAAUUCAUGGUGUUGUUCCGUCACUAUGGCGUUGGAAGGCAGAAACAAGCUCGGAUUCGUAGAUGGAUCUUUGCCAAAACCUGCUGAAACUGAUCCGAAUCUCAAGCACUGGCUUCGCAAUAACGCGAUUAUCAAAUCGUGGUUACUCAAUUCUGUUUCGAAGACUAUCACAAUCAGUCUCAUGUAUGCGAAAUCGGCUAGAGAUAUAUGGCUCAAUCUUGGUUGA